UAGUUAUUACCGACAAAAAUAUCAAAGUCCAGGUGGUAGUUGAUGAGGGAUUUCUGCCAUUGAUUCUAGCAACUUCAAAAGGACUUAUCUUGGAAUUGGAGAAUUUGCAAAAAUCUACUUUUCCUCGAUUUUCGAUAGGAACUUACAAUGGCUAG